AUGAAAUGCUCCCUGCUUCUGCCCCUUCUCCUGCUGGGGACAGUUUCUGCUCUUUAUCUGGAGAAUGCUGCCUCCCAUCUGGGCAGCAGAGAGACACAGGCUGACCUGAGCCAGGAUCUGGAAGGUUCGGGGGAACAGGAGGGAGAGCUGGCCCUGAAUUAUGGAGCGCUUGAGUCAGAGGGAGAGGACGCUGUGGCUUCCAGCUAUCAAGAUGCGUUUGAGGAUGAGGGGGCCAUGGAGUCAGACCCAGCUGCCCUGGACAAGGAUUUGCAGUGCCCUAAGGAAGAGGACACAGUUCAGCUUCCAGGCAGCCCUGGGUGCAAGACCAGCCGCUUCCUGGUGGUGCGGACCCCGAGCAAGUUUUGGGAUGCUCAGGAUACAUGCAGGAGGUGCUACCGAGGCAACCUCGUCUCCAUCCACAACUACAGUUUCAACUAUCGCAUCCAGAGCGGGGUCAGUAGCAUUAACCAAGGACAGGUCUGGAUUGGAGGCUACAAGUGCUGGUUCACGUGGGGCAACAAUUUUCGCUGGACUAAUGGCAGUAGCUGGAACUUUAGUUACUGGGCCUCAGAGCAACCUCGGAAUGGGAGUGGCCGUUGUGUGGCCCUGCGCACCAAAGGGGGUCGGUGGCAACGAGCUCCAUGCAAAAGACGUCUGCCCUUCGUCUGCGCCUUCUAA